AUGGGCCUAAGCCAAAAAUUUGCACUUCCAACCAACAUCGCCCAGAUACCGUUUCAUCAUCUCCUAGCCGACAUUGAAAGUAUACUAAAAACUAAUCCAGACACUUCUAUCCAGGACCGCACAAGGUGCGCAAUAGCGAAUUCAGUCCAAAACUACAUCCAUUACAACAAAAAUAUGACCCAAAAAGAUGAACUGACGAAAUUCUGUGAAAAAGCUACGAAAAUUACAAAACAUUUCUUUCGCGAAAACUCAGAUGUACUCGCCAUCCAAUCGGACAAGGGUAAUAAAACAGUCAUAAUGCCAACAGAUGAAUACAAACAGAAGAUGCUUAAUAUGCUCGCCGACGACAAAACAUAUCUCCCAAUACCACGCCAUCCAACAUCACGAUACCAAAGAACAAACAAUGAAUUUGCUAAACGAUUGCUCAACCUAAAUCUCAUCGACAAACAGACCGCAACAAGACUAACUACAUAUAAUGCCAUAUGCUCCAGAAUAUACGGACAGCCCAAAGCGCACAAACCCAAUCUACCACUAAGACCAGUAGUGCCAAGCAUGACUGCUCCCGCUUACAACCUUUCGAAAUAUAUGGGAAAAAUCAUACAAAACUCUAUCGAAAGCCGAUACAACAUAAAGGAUUCAUUCACAUUUUGCGAUUUUAUUAACACAGUUACAUUGCCACCUGACUACAUCCUAAUUUCCCUCGACGUUACAUCGCUGUUCACGUCGAUUCCCAAAACAUUAGUUACACACAACAUAAUAAAACAAUGGGAGAAAAUCAAAGUUUAUACAAACAUUAACCUAGAUCUGUUCAUCGAAAUAGUUGAAUUCUGCAUAGAUUCAAGCUACUGUAAAUACAACGGACAACAUUUCCAACAGAUCUUUGGCACCGCAAUGGGGAAUCCCAUCUCGCCCACACUAGCAGAUUUAGUUAUGGAAACACUUUUGGACACAGUUAUACCAUUACUAACAUUCAAGCCCCCAUUCCUGAAAAAAUAUGUAGAUGAUCUUCUGCUAGCACUGCCCGCGAAUCAACUAAACCACGUAUUAGAAACUUUCAACAGUUACAACGAACAUAUUCAAUUCACCUACGAAAUGGAAAGCAAUAGACGAUUACCGUUUCUAGACAUGACACUGAUAAGACAAGAAAAUCAAAGCAUUAAAACAGAAUGGGAUAUGAAACCAAUUGCCAGUGGCAGAUUUUUAGACUACUAUUCGUUCCACCCGCUUCAUCACACCAUUAACAUGGCUUAA